GGUGGCGGGCUAGAGGCGGUGCGACUGUCAAUUGUGUUCCCUAUUCUCGUCAAAAGUCGGCUGUGUUUGCCCCGAGCAGAACCAAGACGCCCGUAGUGUCCGUGUGUGGUCAGAGCAAUGCGCCCCACGCUGACGCAGGGACGGAUCUCCUCUCCUCUGGACGCCGACCGCAGCGCAACUUCGCUCCUCCGUGCACUUUGACAUCGAUGUGUUUUGGGGAGAAAGGAGCCUCGUAGCCAACCCCUGGGUUGUUUUCAAACAUUAUUUUUCCACCAGCACCACCUCGCUUUCUCCGUCCGUCGUCCCGCACUGAGGCUUUACGGGAGGUUUGGAUGCACUAACUGUGCCCUGGUCGCCUCGGGGACAAGCGAGGCUGGGAGCGGUGAAGACUUGUUGCGCGCAUCCGGGGAGCGCACCAGUCCAGUUUUCAUCCAAGUCGAUACCUGCGUGCGAUGCUCUGAUUUCCACAGUGAGGCGCUUAGUGGAGCGGGGAUGGACUGUGGAGACCAGCUCACACUCUGCCUGAAGUCAGCACGGCUCUGCGCUCAGUGACUAUGACAAUCUGCUCAUAAUUAAGCAAAUUGGGGUGAUUAGUUCCCUCCAGUGUGACAGAGCUGAUGCUUCAGGGAAGCAAGAACCCAUUUCUCCUUUAAAUGGCACCAGCGCGCCGCCGAGUCAAACUUUAUUCGGGUCAGAUCCGACGACUUGAUUAAUCUUCAUCUCCCGGUGUUUUCUAAAUCGAGCCCUCCUUCCUCCUCGUCGACAUGUCUGAGCGCGAUGGAUAUGGAGACGGGCUGUGCAGCGACGGAGCGCCUGACUGCAUCCCGCCGAGAGCGUCCCGCGGCCGGCGGAGCGGUGUCAUCCUCCCCGGUGGCGGCCAGGACACCGACACCAUCCUCCUGGACUCCGUGAAGGCAGCACCGCGCCGGAGCAGCAUCAUUAAGGAUCCCUCAGUGCAGAAGGUGGGCGGAGGCAGGAAGAAGACUGUGUCCUUCAGUAGCAUGCCCUCUGAGAAGAAGGUGAGCAGUGCCGCAGACUGCUUGGCGUUUAUGCAGGGCGGGUGUGAGCUGAAGAAGAUCCGACCCAAUUCCCGGGUUUACUGCCGUUUCUACACCCUGGAACUAGACCUCAGCUGCUUACGCUGGGAGCCGUCUAAGAAAGACGGGGACCGGGCUCGACUGGACGUCUCCAGCAUCCGGGAGGUCCGUACCGGAAAGAGCACCGAGACGUUCAUCCAUAACGGUCCUCUCUCUGAACACCUGGCUGAGGAAGCAGCCUUCUCCAUCAUACAUGGGGAUGACUACCAGUCUCUGGACUUGGUUGCAUUGUCGGCAGAUGUGGCCAACAUCUGGGUGACCGGCCUUCGCUACCUGUUGGCCCACCCCUCAGUCAUCGGGGCGGCUGGGGGAGGUGGUGGAGGGCUGGGUGAAGGGGGUGGUGUGGCUGUAGAGGGCAGUCUGGGAGGCAAGAUGAGGAGUGAGUGGCUGGCAGCAGAAAUCGCCCAGGUGGAUGAAGACGGCUACGGCAUUGUGUCAGAGGACGUGGCAGUUGCCACCAUCUGUAAACUGUGCCCCGGUAUCAAGGAGGCCAAGGUCCGCCUGCGUUUUAAGGAGAUCCAGCGCAGCAAGGAGAAGCUGACCUCCCAUGUGACACGCGAGGAGUUCCAGGAGGCCUACUGUGAGCUUUGCACCCGGCCUGACGUCUACUUCUUAUUGGUGCAACUGUCGAAGGACCGCGAGUGUCUGGACCCUCAGGACCUGCGCCUCUUCUUGGAGACGGAGCAGGGUUUGUCUCUGGUGACAACCGAGGGCUGCUGGGAGCUUCUGAGGCGCUGUGAGCCCUCGGCCCAGGGCCGGGAGAGGGGGCUGCUGGGUUUGGAUGGAUUCGCCCGUUACCUGCAGUCUCCAGAGUGCCAGCUGCUUGACCCGGAGCACCUGGGAGUUUGUCAGGACAUGAACAUGCCUCUGUCCCACUACUACAUCAGCACCUCGUACCGCUCCUACUUGCUGGAUGACCAGGUCCACGGCAGGGCAGACCUAGGAGGCUUGAUCAAGGCCCUGCAGUCCGGCUGCCGAUGCUUGGAGCUGGGGGUGACUGACGGCCCAGAGGGGGAGCCUCUUCUUGGGGUCGACUAUGGUCCAGAUAUCCCCCGCCACCAUCAUCACCACCACCACCAUCACCACCACCACACACCUGUCACUAUCCGCUCUGCUCUGGAGGUGGUCAAUAAGUAUGCCUUCCUGACCUCUCAGUACCCACUCUUGCUGUACUUAUGCCAGCGUUGCUCUCCUGCCCAGCAGCGCACCAUGGCACAGCACCUGAAGAAAGUGUUCGGCUCCCGUCUUUACACUCCAGAGGCCCUGCCUGUCAGCCUAGGAGGGAGAGCCACAACCUUACCCUCCCCCGAGCAGCUAAAGGGACGCAUCCUAAUAGUGGGGAAGAAGCUGCCUCCAGAGCAGGAGGGCUCUGAUGGGGAGAUAUCUGAGGAGGAUGAGGAGAUAGGAGGAGGGGGGCCUCUGGCGGGACGGCGAAUGACCAUCCCUGGUGAGGAAGAACUGGGUGUGGUCCUGGUGGUGCCUCCACCCUCUCAACCCAGAAAGCUCCGCCUCCACAAAGAGCUGUCAGACCUGGUGGCUAUAGCUCGGACGGGCAGCCGCAGCUUCUAUGCUCAGAGAGCCAGUCACAAACUGUCUCAGCAGCAGUCCCCACCCAGCAGCCCGUCCUCUCCCAGCACACCAAUGCCUCCUGAGCCGCCUUAUUGGACACUUUGCUCCCUGGGUGAAGGAGAGGCCGGGCGACUGACCACGGAGAGCCCAGAAGACCUUGUAAUGUUCACCAAGCGCACCCUAACCAGGGUACGACCCAGUUCAGUGCGUCUGGACUCCAGUAACCCCAACCCUCAAGGAUACUGGAAAGGAGGGGUCCAGCUCGUGGCCUUAAACCAGCAGACUCCCGGCGCCAUGUUGGACCUACACAGAGGUCGCUUCUCACAGAACGGAGGGUGUGGUUAUGUUCUCCGACCUGCUGUAAUGAGGGACGAGGUGUCAUAUUUCAGUGCCCAUACUCAGGGCUGUAUGCCAGGAGUGCCACCCCAAACUCUGCGGAUUAAGGUUAUCAGUGCCCAUAAUCUGCCCAAGCCUCUGGGAUCAGGGGCUAAGGGAGAGGUCAUUGACCCGUACGUCGUUCUGGAGCUGCAUGGCGUACCAGCAGACUGUGCCGAACAGCGGACCCGCACUGCUGCCCAGAACCAGGACGACCCACUGUUUGAUGAGACCUUUGAGUUUCAAGUAAACAUGCCGGAGCUGGCCUUGCUUCGCUUCGUGGUAUUGGACGACGACUACAUUGGAGAUGAUUUCAUUGGCCAGUACAGCGUGGCCUUUGAGUGCCUUCAGCCCGGCUACCGCAAUGUGCCCCUGCUGGGCUUGGCAGGAGACCCCUUACCCCACACAAGCCUCUUUGUCCACGUGGCGGUCACCAACCGGCGAGGAGGCGGGAAGGCCCAGCGCCGAGGUCUGUCGGUGAGGAGGGUGGGGAGGCGAGGGCGGGAGUACGUCACACUGAGGCACACUGGCAUCAAGGUGGUGGAUGAGACUUUCAAACCGGCUAGUGCCCCCCUCAAAGAGGCAGCGGACCUGCGGGAGGAUGCUCAGAGCACCACCGCCAGCUUCAAAGAGCAGUGUGGGCUCCCCAUGGUGGCCAAACUGAAGCAGUGCAUCCAGAGCCUGGCCACGAGGCUGCAGAGCCCUGAGGGCACUAUGGGGGCCGCCAUGGUGCUGAAGGAGGGCUACCCAUGUCUGGAGCCUCUGGUCAACCUCUCUGAGCCGACACGCAAACUGCUCACUGCCUACGACACGAUGAUUGCCGCCCAGAAACAGCUGAUUGAGAACGCAGACACUGUCCAGGAGAGGAUCGCCCAGGUGCAGAGAGAAGGCAUGGACUUCCAUGAGGAUCUGUCUCGUCUUGGGGAGAAGGAGGGACUGAAGGGACGCAAGUUAAGCAAAGCUGUGGAGAGUUUUACCUGGAACAUCACUGUGCUCAAGGGUCAGAGCGAUCUGUUACGGGGAGCUAAGAUGGAUUCCCUGGAUGCCCUGAGGCAGCUGGCUCUGGCCUGUGAAGCCUGCGGACUCACCUCCUCCUCCUCUUCCUCCAACUCCUCGUCCUCCACAUUUUCCACAGCCGAGCUUCACUACUCCUCCCACCCCCUGUCUGGCCGCCGAAGCAGCACACACGGCAACGGACGCAUCUGACACCCCCCCUCCCCACCUGGGUCCAGCAUGCAGCCAAAGAGGAGAAGGAAGCGGACCGAGUAAUUACAGAGGAUAACAGAGAUGAGGAGAUAUGAGAGCGAGAAAGACAGCAAAAGAAAAGUAAACCACAGGAGAGAAUUUCCUAUCCCUUUAUCCAGUGCAGUAAGUGUCUAGACUAGCCUAGACCAGAGCAGUAUAUCUGUUAAAGCCUUACGGUGAGUUCAUCCAUUUAUCACUGAGGGUCCGGCCUGCAGGGAGGCUUUUCAUGAAUGUCGUAACUCCGUGGUGGAAAAAGCAAAGACAGACUCUCCACGCGGAUCCUUGAACUUUUGGUGGCUCCUGCUUAUUUUUCUGAAAGGAAGUGUGUGACUCAACAUUGUAACUCUGCAGGGUUUUUCUCAUUAUACAGGAAAUCAUACACACCUGAAUAAUUUGUGACAACAGGGCUGUAUUGGAGCUGAUAUAAACGGCCCUGUUGGUUUUUUUUAUUUCAGAGGUGGAACGCAAGCGGAAGGGAUGUAUAGCUGAGGGGACAGAUCAGCAGUUUAGCUCGUCCCUUUGGGAAGGCAACAAGAUUACCUGUGUGUGUGUGUGUGUGUGUGUGUGUGUGUCUGUGUGUGUCUUUAUGGUGUUGCAGGUUGUGACCCACAAAAACGGGGGGAUAAUGUUAAAUGAUUUUAAUGUAAUACUACCUUUUUAAAACUCACAUAAGUUUUAUGGUCAUUUUGUUUUUGUUUUUAGAUGUUAUUAAAAAAAAUUAAAGCUGCAGUAGGUAACUUUUAUAAAAAAUACUUUUUGUUAUAUUUGCUGAAACUUUCACUAUAUCCUGACAGUAGUAAAUGAGACAGAUAACGUGUUAAAAAAAUCAUCUUCCUCUGGCUCCUUCUACUGCUGCUAAUGGUAAUUUUCACUUAGUUACCAACUGCAGCUUUAAUGGAAUUGAAUUUUUGGAGCAGCUUAACAUAAAAAAAAUUCCUAAAGGAGUAAUAAAAUGUCACAUAAAGUUACCUAUACAAUAAACGGUCUUGACAUUAACGCAAAACCUUUUCCAGGACCUGAUUGGCUGAACUUCAAUCCAAACUUUUAGCAAUUUAUCUAAUUGAGUGCUCUCCAGACAUCGACUCUCGUCUGCUCUGUUUAAAGGCCUGUACCCUGAAUGACUCCACAGAUUAGUUGACACAUACAAAACAUCCACAAGGACCCAUCAGAGGUACAGGUUUUGAGGAUUUGCAGACUUUCUAAACUUUAACCAGAGUACAUAAAGAUCCCCUCGAGCACACACAUUUCCUCAUCCAACUGCUAUAUUCUUAUACAUACUGUGUGAAGGGACGCACACAGGUUCUUGUUAUCUCCACCUGACGGCCUUUGAGUCUGUCAUGUUCACUUGGAGAGGGGGGGCAGCUGAAACACGAGGAAUAAAGCUUAGUGGAGAAGGGACACGGUAAUUGGAGAGGCUGAGGAUGUGUGUUGAUCCUGUAGUACUACUUGUCUUCAGUAGUACGUGUGGGAUCACAUAACCUCCUCACUAUACCGACAUGUGGGGUAAUGGAGAGUCUGUACGUGUGUGUUUGUGUGUGGGAAGAACAGAUUCCUGCAGCAUUGCUGAAGUAUUGAUGUAGCAAUAAUAAUAGUGGUAAGUUAAAAGAAAAGGCUAUAUAGCUCAAUGUGUGCUGACUGAAGGACUGAAAACUAUAUAACUAACUUUAUAGCCCAGUGACGCUUUUAAAUGUAUAUGAAAAAAAUGACAAAAAUGGUGUCCAGCGGGUGCUACUGAUCAUAGCUCAUAGUUGUUAGCUUACCUGUCAGUGAUGGCGUUCCUCUAGGCCUUUGAGUGUAACCGUGCGUUUCUUCUUAACGCAGGAAAACACCUGAAACUCGUUCUUUUAACUCAGCUUUUGUAUUUGUGUAUCUAGCAAUGCUGCGUUUGAACCAAACUUGACAAAAGUGAUGCUAAGCAACACGCAGGACUAAGCUAACCAGAAUACAUUUACCUCCUUGGAUGUUGUCACAACCCACAUAGCAACACUGAUCUGGCCUAUAUAAUACAGCUAUGAAUUACGAGCCACAUGUGGGCCAGAUCUGGUCAUCCAUGACUGUCCAUAUCUCAGCCAACUGUAUGACCAUAGCUGUCCUUAUUCUUGGCGGUAUCAGCUCUCUGUCGGCCAAAUAUGGCAAGUGUUUAUGAAUAAAGUGGCUUGGUUAAGGUUUAGUCAACAUCUGGAACUAGCGUAUGUGGCUACCAGAUCAGGCCCACGUGUGGACUGUAACCACUGACAAUGUAUAAUAAUAAAUAUAAAUAUGAAUCUAGAUUCUGUUACUGAGUUGACUAUUUCUCAAUGACCAACCCUCCUCCACCACGACACAAGCUGCCUUGUUUUCUUGGACGGACAAGUCAAAACCAAGCGUAGCCAAUGAGUGCAGCAGUAUGUCAUCAACGCUGUCUCCGGAAAAAACAACAUUGCCAUAAUGGCGAACUCGAGACUUCAGAAUGGUACGUCACAAACCAAUGGGUGAUGUCACAAUACAAUUACAUUUAAACGUAAUUCAUUGCUAUAUCUGGGCCCAAGUGUAAGUGGGCUGUGUGGGCCCUCACCGGGCCAGAUUCAACUUUGCUAUGUGGGAAUUUUCUAGUGAACAAAAUGGCACGUUCAAUGUUGAAGGAUUGUCUCAGAACUUUUUGGAAAAUGCCAAAAAUGCAUCAUCGUCCAGCUUAACAAAAGCUGUUUUUUUCAGUCCCAAAGAAGUCAACAUUUUGGAGUUAAAGGUUUUCAUCUGACAUGAUUGAUGCAAGGCAAGGCAGGUGUGUUUGAAAAUCGUGAAUUUGUUUCACUGGUAUUCAUAAUCCAGUGUAUCAUGGUGUUUUUAAACAGUGGAUUUGAACACAUUUCCACCUAACUCUACUGCAGCUGACAGAACAAACUGUUUAAACAACGCAGCCGACAGGCUAACAGGCAACUUGAGGGCACUUUUGAAUUGAAGACAUUUUGAAUGUUUAUCCUGCCCUUUGAGGGAGGCGGGAAGGUGGACUGACGAGAGACGGAGAUCAAAACUAAACAUCGGAACCGGCUGAUCAACCCAGCUGGUGGCAUUUUGCAGUAGACAGGAUGUAAUGAGAAAAACUGAAACACGGGGACGAAUCUGAGUGUUAUUAACUUGUAUAGCCCCUCUUAAGUGCUUGUGCAGGACUACUGUGUUUUCUGAAUGACAUCCCAUAUUUUUUUUUUGUUGCCUUUCAUCCAUCUUCCUUUUUAAAUACUAUUAACCUCUUUCAUACCUCCAAUUUUCUCCACCCUGUUGUUCCUGCUGCUUUUCUGGAGGCUCCAGGUGGAGAGUAACAGAGCUGAUGUACUGAGUCACAGCCACAGGAGGAGGCUGACCUAAUAACAUUUCCAUGUUUUUGUGUCUGAGAAGGCACACACUUCUAAAAGUAGAGGAUAUAUUUUGAAGAGAGAGCAAAGGUUGAAAGCAAAGAAGAAGAAGGGACUGAUGUUGGAUUAACUUUUCAUUGCAGUGUGGUUGGCUGGGCACACCUGCAGAGCUUCAUAAUUGGAUGUGAGCUGUAGACAGAGUGACAGCACCUGCUGUUUUGGUCUAUUAAUAACAUUCUGACUCACUGGAGGCCCGGGAUGUGUGUAUAUGCUGGUGUGCUCAUGUCUGUCAUGAUACCAUGGUGCCCUAAUUCCUGGCCUGAUGAUGCAAACUGGUUCUUCUACAUACGCAGUCACUGCCAAACUAGUUGCCAUGUGUCCUCUUGAAUGCACUGAAGCAGACAGCAGCUUCGGGAGCUAUUAUGAGGAUCUCCACUGCCCGAGAGGCACGCUCAAGUGCACCAAAACUGCAGUUUUUAUAGGACCAUGCAUGCAUCUACUGUCAGAGAUCUGCUUACCUGCAGUGGUGGAUUGCUCUGCAUUAAUGAUGCAUCAGCUCCAGUAAAAGAAACCACAGUAUUAGCUUUCUGUGUUCCGGUUUACAUGCCUGCUGAUAUGAGGAGUACAAGUAGGUCAAAGAGAGAACAGGUGAUGGGACUUACUGUGCUGUACCUGAGGAGAUACAUCGAAGAUGGAGGUCACAGGGUUUGAAGCGGUGGAGGGGUCAGGUGGCAGUAAUUAGAUCUUUAAGUUAAACCUCAUUCUCCGAAUGAUUCAUUAGGUCAAUACUGUAUUAACAAAGAAGUAGGGAUGCACCAAUCGGGAAAUUCGGUGCAGAUACGAUGUUUAAAAUAACAAUUUGGCCGAUAGCCGAUGUCUUUUUGUUGUUAGUUAUUUGCCCUUUUGUGCCAGGGAAACAAAGAAAUCUACAAAGAUAAGUAUCUCUGCUUUGUUGCACCUCAGUUUCUAUGCUCAUCCAGGAUGUGAGACACAGUGCUGAAGAGCCGCUCUCUGUCCGUGCUGUUACGAAUUAGUAUUUGCAUGCAAUUUCUGCCAGUGCUGGAAAAUGGAUGUGAUUAUUUCUCCAGUAUCCAAGUUGGAAAUUACCAAAUCAACAUUUAGCCAGCGCAAAAUGGAUGCAACACAUUAGAUAAACAUUGUCCACUGAUAUCGGUGAAUGCCAUCGUAUUUGCAGAUUAGGGAUGGGAAUCAAGAACCGGUUUCAGUUUAGAACAAAACUGUCCAAUCCAUCAGAAUCGUAUGCCACAGAGCUUAUCAAUUCCGUUCAUCCAAAGUGUGGCUUCAUUUCACAAAGAAACUCAAGCUACUAAAAUUCUACUCUGUUUCUACACUGUGUUCAGAAAAUUAAAACCUGUGUAGGCCUACUUUUUUCAAAUCAGAAAAUUGAUCAGGAAUCAAUAAGGGAAUCAACAAAGAAUUGGACAGAUAAGCAGAACCAACAGUGGUAUUGAUAUUAAUAAGAUCUUAUCAAUUCCUGAGCCUAUUGCCGAUAGACCGAUGUCAGUCAACAAAGCAAAUAUCGGCUGAUACCGAUGUUAGGCUGAUAAAUCGGUGCAUCCCUACAAAGAAGAAGUUUCUAUAUCUGGAGUGUUGUAACGAAAAUAAUUUCCCCCUGGGAUUAUUAAAGUAUUUCUGAUUCUGAUUCUGAAGAAGAUUAAUGAUGACAGUUUUGCUUAAAAUGAAAGCAACAUGUAAUGAGUGAGAAAAAUGGCAGCUUGCUGUUUUAGUUGGGACUUGCAGUUUAUUGUAGAACGCCUGAGCCACUACAUUGUAGCUGGAUGAGCCAAAAGGAGCAUACCUGUGUUUUUGCAUGAUUUAACCUACUUACUUCAAUCAUUUACUGUGUACUUGCAACAGCAAAGCGUACAGUUGUAUUAGAUCGAAUGUGCUUUUAUACCUUCCAGGCAGCUAUUGGUCAAGUUAACGCCACUAAAGACAGCUUGCAGAGACUCUAAAAGUAAAUCCAUUUCAGUGAACAUCAUGCCCAGGUUUAUUUUUGUUACAGUAUCACAUUGUGGUGAUGCAAAUGAAGCUACCAAACUAUCUUUCUGGCAUUUCUUGCGCAUCGUUUGUUGUCUGGGUCUGAAUUUCUGACAAUAUGACAAACAGACUGUCUCAACGGCUCAUGAUUUCCCCACGGCAGCAGAUUUUUCAAAUGAUUCCGUGCUUUCCGUUGGCAUUAGCGCACAGUGAUAAUGUAACUUUCAUAAGCAUGGUGUUCACUGAGAUGGAUCACCGUCCUCAAGCAAGUUUGAAGUCCCUAAAGGUUUUGGAGAACAGUCAGCAGUAAGGCGAAGCAUACAUGAUUUGUAGUAAAUGAACUUGCAGAAACACUGGUAUGAUCCUUUAAAUGUUCAGAAAUAUGGUUUUAGGUACAAAGCAUUUUCUUCUCCUCUCCAUGCCUCUGACACACUCUGCUUCAUAUGUCACUGCACCUACUUUACCUGAUAUGUUUACCUCUGCAGAAGGCACUCUACAGUGUUUUACUAUGCUGUUCAGUAUAUUGUAUCUCAUUUGUAACCCAGUGAUGCACCCCAACCUCUGAGUGUGCUCUUCUUGACCUCCCUUUGUACCUUUGUGAUACCAUUAUGAGUCUGAAGGAUGGGAGUGGAGACAGAGCCAUGCUAAAUAGGGGAGGGGGCAGGGGUGUUGCAUUGGGGUGCGUUGUACCUCUGUUACCCAUGUGUCUUAACCUAGAGCUAGCUCUCUCUGUGCUCUUCAGUGUGUGUGAUACUACCUAUCUUUGCAGAGCAGUGGUCAAAUAGUGCUUAACAAUCGUUUGAAUAAUAGGAGAGUUGUUUAUACCUGUCGUAGUGAUGUGGACAAAGUUGUGUAAAAAACUUGGAAAUGUGUAAAGGUAUUUUAAGUUCUAUAUUACCCGUGGCAUCUGCAGUGUCCGUGUUGGCCUGUGUCUUCACCGCUGACCUUUAAUCCAGUGUUUGUUCCUUCAACUGUUCUUACACUCACUGAUGUUUUUGUAAAAUAUAUAUAAAAAAAUAUUUAUUGAAGUGUGUUUUAAAAACCAUAAAUAAAUAUAAUUAAUUAAAUGGACCUUGCUUUUAUUUUGAAAAGCUACUGUGUUUUCUAUCUGACAAGUAAUCAAAUAUAACAAGAGUAUGUAUCCCAGACUAAAUAAAGUUAUCUUUUCCUGACCAAA